AUGAGUCUGAGGAACAAUCGAAGCAGCCGUAAAGGACUGCAUGUGUCUCCAGGGGGAUUCAGCAGCAUGUCCUUGGGAUCCUAUUCCAUCCCCAGGAUCAGCUAUGGGGCUUCCCAGGUUUCGAUCACACCAGUGACCAUCAACAAGAGCCUGCUCACCCCUGUGAAGAUAGACAUCGACCCCAAAAUCCAAGCUGUGCGCACCCAAGAGAAAGAGCAGAUCAAGACUCUCAACAACCGCUUUGUCUCUUUCAUUGAUAAGGUAAGAUUCCUGGAGCAGCAGAACAAAAUGCUGGAUACCAAGUGGAAGCUGCUGCAGGAACAGACUGCUGCUACUUCUAACGUUGAGCCCAUGAUGAAGUUGUACAUCAGCAAUCUGCAAAAACAGCUAGAGUUAAUCCACAAUGACAAACAAAGGCUUGACAUGGAGAACAAUGUCAUGCACAAAAAUGUUGACGACUACAGGACCAAAUAUGAGCAAGAGAUCAACAAGAGGAAUGAUGCAGAGAAUGAGUUUGUCAUGCUCAAAAAGGAUGUGGAUGCAGGUUAUAUGUCCAAGGUGGAUCUAGAUGACAUGGUGACUGAUAUUAAUGAUGAGCUGAACUUCCGCAGGGGCCUGUAUGAAAUGGAGCUCCAAGAGCUGCAGAACAGCAUGAAGGACACCUCUGUGGUGGUGCAGAUGGAUAAUUCUCGUGCCCUGAACAUGGAUCACGUAGUGUCUGAGGUCAAGGCUCAGUAUGAGGUGAUUGCAGCACGCAGCCGCGAUGAAGCCGAAAGCUGGUACAAGAAGAAGUUUGACCAGAUGGCUGCUGAGGCCAACCAGUAUGGUGGCGAGCUGCGUACCUCCAAGGGGGAAAUAGCUGAGCUCACCCGAAUGAUCAGGCGUCUGCAGAAUGAGAUCGAGACUGUAAAAGCACAGCGUGCCAGCCUUGAGGGCCAGUUAGCCGAAGCAGAGCAACGUGGAGAUGACGCUGUGCAGGAUGCCAAGGCUCGCAUCAGGGACCUGGAGCUGGCUCUGCAGAGGGCCAAGCAGGAUAUGGCUCGGCAGCUCAGAGAGUACCAGGAGCUCAUGAAUGUGAAGCUAGCCCUGGACAUUGAGAUCUCCACCUACAGGAAACUGCUGGAAGGAGAGGAGGGAAGGUGA